AUGCUGACUACGUGCGUCGUAUUUCCCUCUCCACACGCCUCCAGAAGCUGUGAGAGCCAUUCGAAAUAAACAAGAACGACGGGGGCCAUUGUGUCACUAGCCCAAGUGGCCAGUAUCACGUUUAUCACCAUUCGAGGAAGAGAGGGGUACCACCCUACCUAAGUUGGCAUCAACAAAGCCCCAAAUCUCACAUUAUUUAUUUAUUUUGUUACAUAUGCUUACGUUUAUUUUUUUGACUUUUUCCACAAUCUGAACUCCACCUCUACCAAAUAAGCGCAAACACACUGAGACGUGAGCAAACCCAACUCAUGGUCCUGUUUCCCCACACUCCCCUCCCAAUGGCUGGUCCAUAGUCAGGGCCCCAACUGAACUACAAACUGACUGCUGUACUCCUUGGCCGGCUACCACAACCCCCCUUACCCACACCAUCCGCUUCAACCAUGGCCAGCAAGAGGAAAUCCACCAUUCCCUGUAUGAUCCCCCAUAAGACCAUGCACCUCCGGGAGGAGCUGGAGCAGGACUCAUGCCUGUCAGACCCUCUUUCCCUCCUCCGACAGGCCCGGGAACAGGGCUACCCCUCUAUGGGUGCGAGCGGUAACGGGCAGAGCCCCCGGGAGAGAUCCCCAGGCAAAUCCUCCAGGCCUGAGGGGGGCAAAGAUGGGUGUGGCACCUACACUUGCAGGCCGUGUAACUUUGAGACUCAGGACCUAAACCUGUUCCUGGACCACGUCUACAGUGGCCACCCGGACUUCAGGGCUGACCCCAGCUUCCAGUGCGUGGACUGUGGGGUGUCAGCGGCCAAGUUUGAGGGCUUGGCCCUGCACAAUGCCCAGGUCCACCCCAGCACAGUGUGCACCACCCUGCAGCUGAGGAGGAGGGACAGGAGGGUGGUGGUGGAGCAGAGUCUGGUGACAGGGUCAGAGACCGGGAGGGACACAGAGAUCACCAUCACAAAGACCCCCAUCAUGAGGAUGAUGAAAGGGAAGUCAGAGUCCAAGAGGUUUGUGGUGUCCCAUUCCUCUCCUGAUGAACACUCCCCAGACCCCCCCCCCAUCUCUAAGUCCAAGGAGAUGGAGAGAAAAGAGACCCCCACAGUGACGGUUACCCACGUUCCAACCAUAGUGCACAACGGGACAGCCACCAAGGUCACGCUCCCCUCUGCUAUCCAGAUAGUGAACGGCUCGGGGGCUCUGCCCAUGCUCAAAACUGCCAUCACACAGGUGGUGUCAGUGGUCCAGAACAGGAACGUCUACCAUCAGACAGCUCCCAUUACAGUGUCCACUGCUCUCUCCUCCUCCACGUCCUCCUCAUCCACCUCCAAGAACAUGCCCAAGGUGAUGAUCCCUCUGAGCAGCAUCCCAACCUACAGCGCCUCUAUGGACUCUUCCUCCUUCCUCAAGACGUCCUUCAGUAAGUUCCCCUAUCCCACCAAGGCAGAGCUCUGCUACCUCACCGUGGUCACCAAGUUCCCAGAGGAGCAGAUCAACAUCUGGUUCACCGCCCAGAGACUCAAGCAGGGCAUCAGCUGGUCUCCAGAGGAGAUAGAGGAGGCCAGGAAGAAGAUGUUCAACACCAUCAUACAGACAGCUCCCCCUAGCACCCAGUACCAGCCAUUGAGCCAGACCCACCACAGUCCAGCCCAGCACACCAUCAGGGUCCUGCCUGCCUCUCUGGGGCCUACAGGGAUCCCUCACAUCCUCCAGGGCUCUCUGGUGGGUCAGGGAGGGGUGAUUGUCACCCAGCCCAUGAUGGCCAACAGCAUCCAGGUCAACAGUGCCCCCAUGGCCCUGGCGGUCACACCCAAGCACCAGGCUGCAGCCCGCCCUAUGAUGCAGGCCCGGCCUGCUGCCGCCCUAGUGGCCGAUAAGGGGAUCAGCAUGGUGGUGGAGAGCAGUAGUAUUGGAAACAUCAUCAUCAGUAGCCGUAGUAGUAAUAGUGGAGGGAGUACUAGUAGUAUCAGUAGUACUAGUAAUAGUAGAAAUGGUGCAGGGAGUAGUAUUAGUAGUACUAGUAAUGGUGGAGGGAGUACUAGUAGUAGCCGUAGUAGUUACAAUAGCAGUAGUUUCAGCAGCCAUGCUAGUGUUAUUAACCUUAGCUUUGGCAACAACAGGGGGAACAGCAUUUAUAGCAAUGGAAAAGUCAUCAACGCCAAUGGUAAAAUCAACCAUGCUAUUGCUAAUCUCAGUGGGAAAAGCAACAGUAAUGUUAUCAGCAUGGUUAAAAGCAGCAGCACUGACAGUAGAUGCAACAGCAGCAGUACUAUUGCUAAUCUCAGUGGGAAAAGCAACAGUAAUGUUAUCAGCAUGGUUAAAAGCAGCAGCACUGACAGUAGAUGCAACAGCAGCAGCACUAUUGCUAAAAUGAUAAGUGAAAGUCAAGUAACCGCUGAUAUUAAAAGCACCAUGGACAACAAACCCAACAGCAGCAAAGAUACUAACAGCAGCAGCUUGAGCAACAAGAAAACAAUCACCACAACCAGUGGCCCCACAGCCACAACUACCCCUACUGCCACCACCACCAGUAACCCCACCAGUAACCCCACCACCACCAAAACAGAGGCGGCAUCUUCCCCCUCCACCAAACCUUCCUCCUCAUCUUCUCCGGCGCAGAGCGGGAGCACAGACGCCAGUGGAACCCCCAGCUCCAGAACGCUCCCCAACACCUUCCUGGACCCCGGCUUCUACAAGAGCAAGAAGACCGUGGAGCAACUGAGCGCGCUCAAAGAGAGCUUCACCAACAACCAGUUCCCCAACCAGGAAGAGGUGGACCGUCUCAUCUCCUUCACCAGCCUGACCGUGCGCGAGGUCCGUAAGUGGUUCAGUGACCGCCGCUACCACUUCCGCAACCUCAAGGGGGGGCGUUCGAGCACGGGCGGUCAGGGGGGUGCUAGCGCAACGACCACACCCGGGUCAGCUAGCGCAACGACCACACCCGGGACGCCCCGUGGUAACAGUGCUACCCCCAUGGACCUCUCGGACACUGCCACUCCCAGUGAGAAUACUAAAACCUCCCAGCAGGGGUUGGCAGCCCUCAGCCCCCCUCCCUCACAGACACCCACCUCCCCCACCACCCCGUCCAGACGGCCACCCAGACCCCCCUCCCCAGACUUCACAGCCAUCCGCUACAAAGAGAGGGACCCUCAGCAGGUGAGGGCGCUAGAGGCCAGCUUCAGCCAGGACCCUGACCCACCUGGAGAGGAGGUGGACCGCCUCCGGGCAGAGACCAAAAUGACCCGUAGAGAGAUCCACGGCUGGUUCGCUGAACGCAGGAAGAGAGUCGCUGCUGAGAAGAAGAAAGAGGAGUUGGAGAGGGCGGAGCAAGCGGAUGAGAUGGAAGCAGGGGGAGGGGAGGAGGGAGUUAAGAGUAAGGAUGAUGUCGGGGUGAAGAAAGAGGAGGAUGGUUCAGGCUCCGAGCUGAAGGUGAACCCCAUUAAGAUCAACCUGAAGAUGCUCAAAGUGACUGAGUCAGAUGGCAAACUGGAGUCUGAGGGAGGGCAGGCAGAUAGCCCCACCAUGCCUAACCUGUCUCCCUCCACAGACCCAACAUCAACCCCCACCCUUACCCCUGCUCCAUCCACAAUUCCAAGUCUAACCCCAAAGCCAUCUCCAUCGCCUAAACCCUCCCCCUCUACAGCACCAUCUUCCACCCCUGCCCUCAAGCCCUCUGCGUCCCCCAAACCCUCCCCUAUCCGGGGUAAGAAGACGUUAGAGCAGCUCCACCUCCUGAAGCAGGUGUUUGUCCGGACCCAGUGGCCCAGCGCAGCCCAGUAUGACGAGCUGAUAUCUUCCACAGGGCUGCCCAGGCCUGAGGUAGUGCGUUGGUUCGGGGACUGUCGCUACGUGCAGAAGAACGGCCAGCUUAAGUGGCUGGAGGCCUACCAGACCAUGGUCCUGAAGGAGGACUUCCAGAGGGGAGACACUCAGAUGCUCAAGGCCCAUCUGGAGGCCCACGGGAGUCUGGAGGAAGAACAGGUGUUGGAGCUGGCCCAGGCUAGUGGGCUGACCGAAGAGCUGGUACGACGCUGGUUCUCUACCCAGGCUCCUAUACUGCUGCAGGGGAAGGACAGUGCUGUUGCAGCCACAGAGGAGACACCCGUGGCAGGGGGAAUAACACACAACCCAGCACCCAUGGUGGAAGGAUCGUCAGAGCCGGUUCAAGGUGAGGAGAAGAUGGAACAGUCGGUGUGUGGAGGAGCGAAAGAUGAGAGGAGCGUGGACCCCAAGGCUGUGAAUCCUGAGAAAGGAACAGACUGAGGGGCCUUUGUCUAGAUGGGGGUCUCCCAAACCCCUCCCCCGGUGCACGUUUUGGUUUUUGCCCUAGCACUACACAGCCGAUUCAAAUCAUCAAAGCUUGACGAGUUGGUUGUUUCCAUCAGCUAUGUAGCGCUAGGGCAAAAACCAAAACGUGUGCUCCUCCGAGGACCGAGUUUGGGAGACCCUGGUCUCGGGGUAACCCAGAGAGACAAUGCAGGUGGUCUUGUGAGUGCAUGACAGCAGAUGUGAUUGUAACUGGAUCACUAGAAAUGGACCCUGAACUCCUCCCCCCCCCACCACACACACACACACAACCACCCCUUUUACUGGGGAUGGACAUUGAACCCCCAACCCUCCGCUAUACUGAAGAUGGCCUCCUGCCUGCUUUCCAUUUUUCCUACACCCUCACAUCCUCUAAUCUGCCAUUUUCUUCAAAACUAGUUCCAGUUGAGACUCAAGUGCAGAAUUUGCUGAGGAAGGGGGGUGUUUCUCUCUCCCCAUCCUCUCCUGCAAAUGGAGGGAGAGGAGAAAAGGGGAGAGGUGUGGUUGGGAUUUUGACUCCAGCAGAUGUGGGGUGUUUAAAAAUCAAAAUCUGACUGGACAGAUGUCGACCAAUCCAAUCCUCCAGUGGGAGGAUCACUGGUUUGAGGGAGGGGAAGAGACUGACUGUAUACAAUAGGUUUUUGGUACUGGGGUAGGAGAAAUUGCACAGGUUUUUUUUUUUUUUUUAAAGGAGACUUGAGGUGAAUAUUAGAUGUGUCUUUGUUUUAACAUCAAGUGCUUCUGUUCUGUAUGUCAUGGAUCUUUCUUAAACUGUAACAUCUUGACUGACUGUAAAAGUUCCAACAUACUUAGGCCUGUUGUAUACUUUUUACAGAUAUUUGCAGAAUAAACAAUGUAACAAAUUGG